AUGAUUACCCGCCUCUCUAGUGUUUUCAUUGUUCUCCUCAGCCUGAUGGCCCUUGUCGACGCUGGAGUGCCAGUAGCCGCUCGCGAAGCUAUUGACCUCGACGAGCGUAAUGUCAUCGGGAGAGACGAGGACUACAAAGUCGGAUCAGAAACCAAUAGAGUGGGGUCUGCGAAAUUAUAA